AUGCAACGUAAUCCAAGGUACAAUUCACAACACAUGAACCAAAUGUUGCCACCAAUAGCCGCUGGCGGAGCAGAAGUUUAUGUGUGGCACCUAAUCCACUUUAGUUAUGGUAUUGGGCUUUUCUCUUUGUGGCUGGCCAAGUACCGACUCCCGAAACUUCUGCAAUAUGGUAAAACUAGGCAGAAAAAGCUGGUGGGCGUGAUUGAACCAUGGUACACAUCCAUCGCGGUACCGCGUCGAUACUUUUCACAUUUCUAUGUCCUUUCGUUUGUCCUCGCGACCGCCAAUCUAUAUUGGUUCCCAGAGGAUGUGAUCACAAGCUGCAUAUUCUUCCAUUCUCUACGCAGGCUUGUGGAGUCGGCGCGGGUCACCAAGUGGGGCUCAGAAUCUCGAAUGCAUGCUGCCCACUACCUUGUCGGACUAUGGUUCUACUCUGUGCUCAACUUGAGUGUGUACUUGCAGCUCAAUUCCAGACAGAGGACCCGAUCCCCCAGCACAGUCAACAAGGUAUUUGGCGCGGUGGGCGCAGUGGGAUUUCUCCUCGCCUCAUGGGACCAGGCAAGGAACCAUAUACACUUGGCGCACAUGAUUAAAUAUACGCUACCCCGGCGUGGACUGUUCAAAAUCGUGGCGUGCGCGCAUUAUUUCGAUGAGAUCGUUAUCUAUGCGUCACUAGCCGCAAUGGAGGCGACGACUAGGUGGUCACUCACUGUGGCGGUAAUCUGGGUGUGUGCAAACCUGGGUGUCAGUGCGGUUGAAACGAAGAGGUACUAUGACGCUAAAUUCAAGGGUCAAGCCGUGGCCCCCUAUGCGCUCAUUCCGUACAUUAUGUAA